GCGAGUUCCGCGGGGAGCGGUUCCGAGGGUGCACCGCGGCGGAUGGCAAGAUGGCGGCGCCCAGCGCCCGCUGCCUGUGGCGAGCACUGGCCCCGCGUUGCGGGUGGGUUCUCCCCGGGCUGGAGCAGCGCCUCGCCGUCCCCGCCACGGUGACCCCCGGGACCGCCCGGUUCUACGCGGCAGCAGCCAAAACUGCCAAAAAAGAUGCCAAGAGGGGCAGGCAGGAGAAGGUGAAGGACAAACCCCCUCCUCGGAGGCGGCCACUGAUGACCAAACCCGUGGACGAUGUGUACCUGACGUGGCUGUACCGCAGACCCUCCUACGAGCUGCAGCAGGCUGUGGGCAUGCUGAAAAAAUUCCAGCAGCUGGACUUCACCCACCCCAAGCAGUUUGUGUAUAUCAAUGUGUUCCUGGAUAUGGUGCUGCAGAAAAAGAAAAAAGUGGAUCCUUUUUCCGGCAGUGUCACUCUUCCCCAUCGCUUUACGGAUGAAGUGAACAAGGUUUUGGUGUUCACAGAGAAUGAGCAAGAAGCUGAAGUAGCYCGAGAGCACGGAGCUGCCAUUGUGGGAGGAGUUGAAUUAAUCAAAUGGAUCUUGGAGGAUGAGAUCCAAGCUGAUUUCUAYGUCGCUGUCCCUGCCAUAAUACCCAAAUUAAUCCCUCUGAGGGGCAAACUGAAAAGGAAGUACCCAAGCACAMGGAGAAAUUCUCUGGGCAGUGAUAUUCCCAAAAUGCUGCAGUUCUUCAGAGAAUGUCACGAGUACACAGUUGAAGAUGAGAAUAUAAUCAAGACAAGAAUAGCCAGACUGGAUAUGCCCACUGAGCACAUAAUGGCCAAUUUAAAAACAGUUAUCCACGAUAUCUGCACCUUCAAGCCAUCCAAUUAUGAUCCCAUUGUGCGKAAAUUGGUUAUCAGAUCUUCCACCAGUGAAGGUUUGCUGCUGAACCUUGAUGGAAUCCUACCUCAGGUGGAGAAAAUAGAAGAAAAAGAAGAAGAAAAUGCAGUUGAGGAGGAUCAAGAAAAACCUAUUCAAGAAUCCGUUAGUACCUGAUGUGUUUUCUUUGUAGAUUGAUGGUGGAACUCGGGAAGCAAAUGGUGUCWUUCAAAUCAUGCUCUGUGAGAACAAAAAAUAAAUGGAACUUGUGGAUUUCACAUAGAAAUUCGGUGUAACGUCAUCA